CUCAGUGAAAGCGCCAAAUUCUUGCAUAACCUUUGAAAUAGAGUCCAAAGCCUUUUUAAAUUAGAAGUUAUUUCCCUUAUCUGGCGACGUUCUUCAACUGUCUUUUAGGCUGCGCGUCGUUCUUCAUAUUUCUUCGAGCGCGUUUGGCAGGACAGGAGGAAAGGACGUUCUUUCGUUUUAACGUUUUAUCGUUUUCAUCAUUUGUUUUGGAAUUGUCGUGUGCAGCGGUUCGCUUGUUUCGCGCGAUCUUCGGUUGUUAUGAAAGUGGCGCGCGUCUGCAGUGUUUUGUUUAUUAUUAUCCUUUGUUGGUGUUUGGUGAUGCUCAGCUGAGGUGGCUCGAUGAAUGUGGAGUAGAUCACCAUUACGCAACAUAGAUAGUCACAUUUUUUUUACUAGCAACUUGCAAGUGAAAUAGUAGUUACCAGUAUCAAGACAGCAAACGGGUGCUAUUUAAUUUAAUACAGAAAUCGGAACCGACAGUGGAAGUUUGAACUAAACUAUACCCUUUCUAUGCGUAUGAAGAUUUCCAAAAACGAUAUCCUGGAAAAAGGAUGAUGUUAGAAUUUAGACUGGGUUUGAUAACAAUUUUGUUUUUUUCGGGAUUUGCUAGAGCAGGAAUUUUGGAUAAUUUCAACUGGGCGAGAUCCGAUAGAAUAGAAGUCAAUUUGCCGUGGUUGCCAUUUGAAAAUGAAACUAGGUGUUACGACGAACUGGGAUGCCUCAAUAUCACCCGGAAUUGGUACCACUUGAUCCAUAGACCUUUCAACGUAUUUCCAUUGCCAAGAUCUGUGAUAAAUACUAGGUUUAUAUUAUAUACACGAUUAAAUCCUUCUGAUGGACAGCUGAUUAGAGCCCAAAAUCAGUCAAUAGAAAGAUCAAAUUUAGAUAUUAAGAAAAAAAUCAAAUUUAUCAUUCAUGGAUUUAUAGACACGCCAUUAUCAAAUUGGGUGAAAGACAUGAGAGACGAACUUCUCAAAACGCAAGACGUCAAUAUCAUAGUCGUAGAUUGGGCUGGGGGUAGUUUGCCCCUUUACACGCAAGCCACUGCUAAUACUAGGCUUGUAGGAUUGGAGAUAGCAUAUUUAAUAAAUUACUUAGUGAAAAAUUAUGAGCUUGAUCCUAGGGAGAUCCACAUCAUAGGGCAUUCAUUAGGAGCCCAUACUGCAGGAUAUGCGGGUGCUUUGGUACCUGGAUUGGGUAGAAUAACUGGGCUUGAUCCAGCAGAACCUUACUUUCAGGGUAUGCCAGCUCAUGUAAGGCUUGAUCCGGGUGAUGCAGAAUUGGUAGAUGUCAUACAUACCGAUGGAAAAGGUAUUUUCUUUUUGGGUUAUGGAAUGUCCCAACCGUGUGGUCACCUGGACUUUUAUCCAAAUGAUGGUAAAGAACAACCAGGUUGUGAUAUAACUCAAACUCCAUUAGUACCUCUAACUUUAAUAAGAGAUGGUCUAGAAGAGGCUUCUAGAGUACUGGUAGCUUGCAACCACGUUCGAGCUAUCAAAUUGUUUAUAGACAGCAUCAAUACAAGAUGCCCAUAUAUAGGACAUCAGUGUAAAACUUAUAAUCAGUUUAAAGAAGGGAGAUGUUUCACUUGCAAACCAGGUACGGGAUGUGCGAUUAUGGGAUAUCACGCUGACUCUACUCCUGGUUUAAUGGAAAAUAACGAGAUUCAACCGCAAGCCAAGCUACAGGAAACUAUUGGAGCCAAGUACUACAUGACCACGGGAAAGGAAUAUCCAUAUUGCCAUCGUAUGUAUAGAAUCAGUACAGAGCUAGCCCACCCUCCAUAUGCAGAAAACUGGGUCCAAGGUCACCUAAAAGCCUCCAUCUACAGCCCAUCGGGCGUCAUUCACACAGAGCUCACUCCAUCAGGCGAUAUGAAGUUAGAACACGGUGCGACGUAUACAACAGUCGUGUCUCAUCCGGUAGACUUAGGAGGAAACGUCAAAAAAGUCGAGCUGAGUUGGGAGUACGAUAUGAACGUACUGGAACCAAGAACAUUGUGUCUCUUUUGGUGCAACGAUCAUUUGUACGUGAAGAACGUGUUGGUAGAGGAGAUGGAAAUGCCAGGUCGAGGGAAAAGGGACGCUCAAUUUUCUAGCAAAUUGUGCUCUAAAGGAAAAAAGGAUUAUGCGGACAUUGCUAAUAGAGGAAAAGGAAUUUUUGUGGAGUCUUGUUCGAACGACAGAUACUCCAACAAAAGUUAGCGAUUGCUUAGCGUUUUGCCGUACUAUAGAAGAAUUGGUAUUGUACAUAGUUGGAAACGUUUUUUUUUUUCCAAAAAUUAAAGAAUAACUAUACAGGAUAAUAUUAUCGAAAUGGGCCAAUUUUCUUUGCGUAUUUGUAAAAAACCACAUUACCAAUAUACAGUGACUGCAAAAAAGUACAACCACAAUACUUUAAAACUUAUACCUAAGAAUCCAUGUGGAUCAAAACUUUUCCAGUGCAUUUCCUUUCAUCUAUAUACUUUAUGGCAUCGUUUACUUGUGCCAAAUUGUAUUUGGCACUGAGAUGAGCCCCAAUAAUGUUGUCGCUAGCUAGCUGAAGAGUAUCGUUCACGAUAGUCCUGUAUAAAUGAUUGUUUUGAAGCCUCAGCUCUUUCAGGCUGACAACCGAGACGAAAGAAUGACAUUUCGGAGUGGGAACAGUUUUGUAGAAAUACGGGGCAGCGUGGAAGAU